AUGAUGCCAAAGCCCGCCAAGUCCUCUCGGUGGGUAAACUAUGCUGCAGUAUCGACUGUGUCUUCGAACCCAGCACCUCAAGAAGUCACCUCGAGCCUGGCGCUUCCUGCCCCGCCACCCAAGUAUGAGACAAAAAUGACACUGCCUCUAUUUCAUCAAUAUGUGAACUACGGGCUGAGAAUGUUUUGCAAGGGGUAUUCCCAGAGCUGGAUACGGCCGUUUUUCCUCGAUAUGUCGACAACAAGCCCCUCCGUCCCGAUUCUCUCUGCUGCUAUACAGUUCUAUAUCCACCAAGGCUCUUCUGUGCCAGUCCUGGAAUGCAUUGAUCUUGCCUUGAAGACUUUUCGUUACGAAGUCGUGUCGUACCAGGACACAUUGAAAGCUGGUAUUCUCUCAGCCGGUGUCUUGUUAUCUCAGCCUUGUACGCCAUACAUUCGUAUGAUAUCGGAAGUCUACAACUUGAACACUCAAGUGAACUUUCCAGCUUUGCAACAGAACGUUGCUGUACGACACGCCCUUGAGCUUCUGGCUGUUAUGGACAUUCCACAACUUGUCCUUGGAAGAGUUUGCCCUUCUCUUGGUCUCUGGAAACGCUUCCGUGAGGCUCAGGAUAGCUGGGAAGGCGGCAGAAUGACGGACGUAGAGGUGGUUUCGGGAAUGCCGAUGGACCUGCUGGAUAUAUUCGCCGAUGCGGAGCAUGAUGAUACAGAGAAUCUAAUCCUCCGCCUAUCGCUGUGGGAAUGGCAAGGUGAUACCGCCGAGUGUCUUCAACAUAAUUUGUGGGAUGCUUGGCGCCUGGCUGGCAUCGUAGAUCUUCGGAGACGGGACCGAUGCAGGAGAAGGUUACAGGAUCGACAACCUGACCAUGAUGCAGACGAAUCUUGUGGAGAUACAUCUGUCCUCGACCGCUUGAUGGCAGUUGUUUCCAUUAUCUUUGACUGCUCAAGGCUCCCAAAGCAUAGGCACAUACUCAUCGGUCUUAUAUUCCCUCUCGUUGUGGUUAGCCUGGAGGUGCGUUAUCUAAAGCGACAUGCCGAGGCGAAGCAAAUCGUGGACAAUGUGCGGAACACGAUUAAAGCGGAACGAACGUAUAAUUUAGCCAAGGUGGUGUUUCAGCUGCUUGAUGAUGCUUGGAAUGAUGGCUCAUCUUGGUACGAUAUAGACGAAAGGGCGCGAUCUCAGGGUGUAGAAGUAGCUCUGAUGUAG